AUGGCGGCGGAUGACGAAGAGCUGGAGCGAGGGGCGGAUCUGCAGCUCGCCCAGCGCCACAAAGUGAUUGUGGCGGGGGUGUUGCACGGUAAGAAACUAUGGGAAGCAGGGUUGCACUCCCCUGGAACCACGGGGGCUGCCACCCUCAGCAUCUCCACGAACGGGCACCUUCCAAAGGAAAGCAACAUCGUGCUGCAGUUUCCAGACACUGGAUGGGGCAUGCCGCCGCAACCGAAUGUGAUCAUCAAGGCUUCGUUGGGCCGGCCUGCUCCUCGGGCCAAAGCGGUGUGGACUGGUUCGACGUUGACCAUCACAACUCUUGACGAAGACAUCGAAGCAGGGGCCUCGCUGAUCAUCGUUGUAUCCGGUGUAUCCACGCCAGCCUGUGCGACCCCCAGCAGCGAACUAAUUGCGACGACGUUGGAGCAAAAGGUUGUCCGCAAUACGAUCCCUGCAUCGUUUCGAGGGGGUCAGAUCAUCGAUGGACCCACUAAAGUCACCAUUCCUACCCUCGCCCCAGGGGCGUUACUCGGGACCAAGCGAUGGGCGCCUUUCAACGCUUGUCCGUCGGCGGUGGCGGACGUGUACUUGAAUUUUGAUACCACGGGGGCGAUUCCAAAUUCCGGGAAGAUCCUCGUCGAACUACCCACGGAACUAGGCGAAGCCAAUUCUGGGGAUGACCGGAAAGGGGGCGGUUGGAGUAUGGCUGCGCAUCCCCGCGUGACCGUCAAGCUGCGUCCCCCGGGGUCUUCGAAAGUCGGACUGAUUGCUACUUGGCUCCAAGACCAGCACGUCCUAGAGGUCGUGGUCGCGGAGGGCGCCAUCCCCAUGCACACGUCGGUGCAGCUAACGAUAGCUCAAGUGAAAAACCCUGCGACAGAGUGUCCGCCAACGGUUGCGCGUGUGACGACGCUGAUGAACCAAGGCGGGGGGGUCAUUGACGGACCUGCCAAGGUCGACGUGUCGCGCAUCAGUGAACUGCGAGAGUGCGAUAUUGCAGCCGCCGCAGCCGCUUUCCAAGCUCAAGAGCCAAAGGACGGGAUGCUGCCAGUGUCCAAGGUGGUGUUGGCGCUCGCAUUGAUGUCAAUCUCGCAGUCGGAGGCGUCGCUUGAAGGUCGAAUCAAGGUCACCUCCGUCGAGCAACCGGGGGACCCCGUGGCCCCCGCUCCCCCCAAGAAGGGUGCCGUCGACGUGACCCCGCCCCCGCCAAAGUUCAAGGACUUUGUCCAUCUAGACGACUACUUGAAUUUCUUCACGACCAUCUACGCGCCAGCGUUCAAGUUUGGCGAGGAGCUGCGGACCAUUGCAGGGCGAGGACAGGGAUUAGACCGCAUGCGCGAGUUGAUUCAAUGUGGAUGUGACCCCAAUGCCAAAGACGGCGCGGGGUGGGCUGCCCUGCAUUACGCUGCCGAACACGGGGUUCUCAAGGCAGUGAAUUUGCUCCUGGAGCAGCCAAAGCUCGAUUUGAACGCCCGCGAUGUGUCGGGGUGGACACCGCUCAUGUGUGCAGCGUCGAACGGUCACGUGCCUGUGAUCGCCCGGCUAUUAGAAAUGGGCGCCGACAUUGCCGUGCAAAGUGCCGAAGGCCGGACAGCGCUCCAUUGGGCAGCGACGCGUGGCAUGGAUGCCGCGGUGCGUAUGUCCUCGUUACAUGAAUCCAUAUUUAUAGGAAUGUUGUUCAUAUGACUUUAUGCAUGUUGAAAAUUUGGAUGGGUACAACAGGUUGGCUUUCUCGUGCUGGGAGGCGCCAAUAUUGAAGCACGAGAUCGGUCCAAGUGGACGCCGCUGCACUGCGCGGCAAUACACGGGAACGUCGGAUGCGCCAAGCUACUGCUGGACCACGGCGCCGCGAUGGCCGCGGAGGACGCGCUAGGCUAUCCAGCAUGGGAGUACUGGGAAGCCCCGGCAGUGACGUUGCUGCAGGCGCAUCUAGACAAGCUGGAGGUUUUGGGCAUGAAGAAACCCCCUUGAUCUGAUGGGAUACGGAGAGGGUAUCGAUCGUCGCAACCUCGUGCCAAGCAAAUGCCAGUGGAACUUGUCCUCUUUUAUAGAAAUCGGAAUCGUGCUCGGAUAUAUUAUUCAUAGAUGACCA